ACAAGUUUUGAAGGGUGACCGAUGGAAAUACGGAGGCUGUGCUUACUGAAGUUAACGAGAUUUUCUUAUAUUUGGCAAGUAACCAAUGCAACAUGACCAUGCCUCUCUUUUAUUUAAGAGGUCUGAUAUAAAUUAAUUUAUCAGACGAUGCACGGGAAACUGUCCAACAUAGCUAUAUGGCUGCCAUGCUUCUGCAUUGAAUGAACUGCCACCAACAACACAUGUUCAUGUUGGGUGAAAUAGUCGGCCAAUAAAAAUACAAAAUGCAGUCGAUUUAAAUAACAUUUCAGUGUGUGUAGCAUAUAAACAAAGCAGCAUGUUUAGAUUACCAAAGUUGUUCGUCCAGCAAAACCUGUGUGCACUGUCAAUAACACAACGCUAUUGCUCAGUGAAAACAUCACCCAGCAGUAACAAGGAGAAAGAGCAAUUGUUCAAGACAAAAUUGGCGACUGGUCCUGGUUUUCAGGACUUCAUCAAAGAUGUGUCUGCAAAUGUCAAGUCUAAUAAUAAUGUCAAAUACGAAUCCGACCACAUACACGCGUAUCUUCCCGAGGACACAGCUUCUGGGGAUUCAAGAAAAGUGUUUUUCGAAACGUAUGGAUGCCAGAUGAACGUCAACGACACUGAAAUUGCAUGGUCAAUUUUACAAAAGAAUGGAUAUCUACGAGUCAGAGAAUUAUCUGAGGCAGAUGUUGUUCUCCUAGUCACCUGUUCAGUCAGAGAGAAGGCCGAGCAGACUGUAUGGAACAGACUCAAACAGCUCACCGCUCUCAAGAAGAGGAGGCCAAAAGUUCAAGGCCCGAUGAAGAUUGGGCUUCUCGGUUGCAUGGCGGAGCGUCUGAAGUCGGAGCUGCUGGAGCGGGAGAAGCUGCUGGAUGUGGUGGCGGGGCCGGAUGCCUACAGGGACCUCCCCCGCCUCUUGGCCCUGGCCCGCGGGGGGCAGCAGGCCAGCAACGUGCUCCUCUCCCUGGAGGAGACCUACGCUGACGUCAUGCCCGUGCAUCACACCCAGCAAGGACACAGCGCCUUUGUGUCCAUUAUGAGGGGAUGUGACAACAUGUGCAGCUACUGCAUCGUGCCCUUCACCCGGGGCCGAGAGCGCAGCAGACCCGUGGCCUCCAUUUUGGAAGAAGUUUGUCUUCUGUCAGAACAGGGUGUCCGGGAGGUUACUCUGCUUGGACAGAACGUGAACAGCUACCGUGACACGUCGGAGCAGCAGUUCUGUGGCUCCGGUUCGACGCAGCUCAGCCGUGGCUUCAGCACCGUGUACCGGACCCGGCAGGGUGGCCUGCGUUUCGCCGACCUUCUGGACCAGGUGUCUCUCAUCGACCCCAACAUGAGGAUCCGCUUCACCUCUCCACACCCAAAGGACUUUCCAGACGAGGUGUUGCAUCUGAUCCAGGAGAGACCCAACAUCUGCAAGCAGAUCCACCUUCCGGCACAGAGCGGAAGCAGCCGCAUUCUCCAGGCCAUGCGCCGCGGAUACACCAGGGAAGCCUAUCUGGAACUUGUGGGCAACGUUCGCAGCAUUAUUCCAGAUGUGAGCUUGAGUAGUGACUUCAUUGCGGGUUUCUGUGGUGAGACGGAGGAGGACCAUCAGGAGAGCCUGUCCCUGCUCAGGGCCGUCAGAUACAACGUGGGCUUCCUCUUCGCCUACAGCAUGAGGAAGAAGACCCACGCGUACCACCGGCUCCCGGACGACGUGCCCGCACAGGUGAAGCAGCGGAGGCUGCAGGAGCUCAUCGCCGUGUUCCGAGAGGAGGCAGCCGCCGUCAACAGCAGCCUGAUUGGCAGCACACAGCUGGUCCUGGUGGAGGGAGAGAGCAAGAGGUCUUCCCAGGAGCUCUCUGGCAGGAGUGAUGGCAACGUGAAGGUGAUCUUCCCCAAACAGGACGUGACCUCACUUCACCAAACUCCCUCCCACACCCAGACCAUCAGGCCAGGAGACUACGUACUCGUCAAGAUAACCUCAGCCAACUCCCAGAGUAUGAGGGGCUAUCCUCUGUGUUGCACCACACUGACUCAGGCUGAUACCCACUCUCCUGAUUUAAUCACCAAUACCCUGGAACAGCAGCAGCAGGAGCAGCAGCAGCAGCAGCUCUCUACCAUGGAGCAUCCCAAUGACUCACCACACUUGCUCACCACCACCGGUUGAGACACAUCAUCUUUUAAGGGCUAUUUUAAUCUGGGCAUUUUCCUGGUGGCCCAACAGUCCUCAGGGGCUGAUU